CCUUGCCACACAGGUUAUAUGAAAAAGUAAUUCGCCAAAAUGACCAACACAAAGGGAAAGAGGAGGGGCACCCGCUACAUGUUCUCUAGGCCUUUUAGAAAACAUGGAGUUGUUCCUUUGGCCACAUACAUGCGAAUCUACAAGAAAGGUGAUAUUGUAGAUAUCAAGGGAAUGGGCACUGUUCAAAAAGGAAUGCCCCACAAGUGUUACCAUGGCAAAACUGGGAGAGUCUACAAUGUUACCCAGCAUGCUGUUGGCAUCAUUGUAAACAAACAAGUUAAGGGCAAGAUUCUUGCCAAGAGAAUUAAUGUGCGUAUCGAGCAUAUUAAGCACUCUAAGAGCCGGGAUAGCUUCCUGAAACGGGUGAAGGAAAAUGAUCAGAAAAAGAAGGAAGCCAAAGAGAAAGGUACUUGGGUUCAACUGAAGCGCCAGCCUGCUCCACCCAGAGAAGCACACUUCGUGAGAACCAAUGGAAAGGAGCCUGAACUGUUGGAGCCCAUUCCCUAUGAAUUCAUGGCAUGAUGGGUGUAAAGAAAAUAAAAGACCUGGACUGUGUACAUGUUUCUCUUAAUUGAGUAGAAGUGUGUGACCCCCUUCCCCAAACAAAUAUUUAAAGCACAUUUUAAGUGUGUCCGAAUUCAGUGGGUGACAUCUUUUUACUUUUCAAAUUUAGUGGGUUUUAUUCCUGAAAGAUGUGAGGUAGUUUGUUGUGCAGUAUACUCCAUUGAUUAAUAAACUGCUAGAUAUUACUUAUAAAAUA